AUGCCGGCCUCGGACGAGCCGCAAACUACCUGCGGGGAAGAGGAAAUGGUGGAAAAUGAAACUAACGUUAACGACGAGCCUGACAUAUCGUUGGGGCCAAUCUCAAUGGACACUGUGGCCAAUCAGCCUAUAGCAACCAUUGCUCGUGACAACCUCGAGUCAUGGCUUUGUUUACGCCCCUUACCUAAGGAACUUUUGGAAAAGCAUAUAAAACAGCUGGAAGCUCAGCUAGAAGAGGAGAAACGGCGAACUCAAAAGGAACGAAUGGCUGUCACCAAGCUGCAAAACAAGCUUAUUAAGAGGCUAAUGUUUACCUAUGCUGGUAGGAACGACAUUCGUUAUCAGUUAAUUACACUGCAAGCCACUGCUAAAUCUACCAUCUUCAGUGGUGGAGCCUUCUGUGGUAUAUUAAAGCCAGAGACAGCAAUAGACAGUCAAACUUAA